UUGUAGAGGAAUUACAAUCAUCCACAAAAGCAAAACAAUGGCUCGUAGUAGUUGGUCUGCAGAAAAAGCUACUAAAGCCUAUCUCAACACUUUGAAAAUGGAUCCAAAGGAAAAAGAACCAUCUGUUGUUGAAUUUAUAUCAGCACUAGCAGCUGGAAACAAUGCACAAUUAAUGGUUGUUGCUUGUGCUGCUGCAGCUGAUUCAACAACACUUGCAUUAAUUGCUGCUGCUAAUCAAACUAAUGGAAAUGUAAUAUGUAUUGUUCCCAACCAUGAAGAUCUAAUUGCAUCAAAAAAAUUCCUAGGAGCAGCUGCUAAUGAAGUGAAGUUCAUUACUGGAAAAGAAGCACAAGAAUUAGAUGUAUUAAACCAAGCUGAUUUUGUGGUAAUUGAUUGUAAUCUUGUGAACCAUGAAGAGAUCGUGAAAUUAGUACAAAUUGGUAAUAAGCAAAGGGAUAUAGUUGUUGUUGGUUACAAUGCUUUUAGUUGUAAAGGGUCUUGGAGAUCAUCAUGUAUAUCAAAAACACAAUUGCUUCCUAUUGGAGAAGGGUUAUUGGUGACAAGAUUUGGGGAGAAUAAUGCUAAUAGUUCUAAAUUUAGGUCUGGAAUGAGUAACAGUGCUCAAAGUCGGUGGAUUGUGAAGGUUGAUACAUGUACAGGAGAAGAAAAUGUUUAUCGAAUCAGGCUUCCUCAAAAAAAGUGAUUUAAGCUUGAAUUUAUGGUUAAUAUGGACUCGAAUUCACCUCAUUACAUAGAAUUCAAACAUUGCAACCAUUUGAACUCAGACAACGCGUUAUUGCAUAGAUUUCAAAUCAUGCAAUAAAUUGUGCUCAACAACGCCUUAUUGCAUAAAAUUUGAAUCUUGCAACCACUUGAACUCGACAAUGCCUGAUUGCAUAAAAUUCAAAUUUUGCAACCACUACAACAAAACCUUGCAGCCAUAUUUGUAAUGAACUAGUUCUCAAUUUAAAUUUUGUAGAAAAGAGAAUAUUGAAAUUUGCUUAAA